AUGCCUUCUUCCACCAGCACCACCGCCUCCGCCUCAGCCACGGCGACCACGCCUCUGCCUCCAUCGCCGUCGCCGUCUGCCACCAGCUUCUGCCUCCAUCGCUGUCGCCGUCAUCGGCGCUGCAGAGGUUGUAGCAAGAUUGGCUUGGCAGAGGGCUUUCAUGUGUUUGUGCUCAAAGAAGAGUGGGUGAUGCUCGGCUUAUAUUCGAUUUGGCACCUACCCAGCAUGUCUUCAGAUGAUAGUCAAAACAACUCCGCCCGGGACUAUGAUAAUCAAUAUGAUGAUGAGGAGAUUAGCGAGUCUGGUGGGUUAUCACCCGGUCACUCCGAUGAUGUGCAAGUUGUUGACGCCCGACCGGUCGGAGGGGGGUCAGCUAAAGCCCGUCCGACUGCUCCUAUUCAAUCCACUUCGUCAAAGGCCCCACCAAAGAAAAUAGGAAAAGUGCCCAAAGGGGGAGGUACCUCAUCUAGGCCCAAAGAAAAAUCCACCAGCAAGCCGAACACGACGGGUGGUAAUAACGUUGAGCUAGAUGCUGAUGACACCCCGACUGAAAUGACUGUUAGAGAGGAAGAGCAGGUUGGAAACCUUCUCGAAAAAGGGGUCAACUACAAAGUUGACAGGAGCUUGGUCAACAUUGUUUAUUGCCACAGCAGGAGAUGGAUAGGUGUUAACUUUGACUCAUUGAAGGCUUGUCUGCGAUUCCCGCUCGACCCUUUCUUGAUUGGUUUUGUGAACUACUAUAAUAUAGUCCCGCGCCGGAUAGCGCCAAAUGGCCAUCGAAUACUCGCAUGCUUCCCCCAAAUCUGCGAGCGCCAUCAGGUUCCUUGCACAAUUGAUCUCUUUAAUUUUCUCCAUGUGGUGAAGGCCAUGGGAAAAAGCUAUAGCAGCUGUUUCAUCAUGAUCCAGUGUUGCGGACCGGUUGGAAAAAUUGUCGACCUGCCUAACAAUAACCGUGGGUGGAGAGGAAAAUAUCUUCGGGUCCUCUUGGGUGGUGAUCCAGCUUUUAAGAACAAGUGGUAUACUCGGUUGCGUAAGUGCACGCCACCAUUUCAGACUCCGGAGAUCCAUGCUGCUGUCGAUAAGAUUUCAUCUGAGUUCUAUUCUUGGGGGCACUACUAUUCUCCAAAGGCCUUUGCAGCGGCGCGACUUCCUCCUCCGAUCUACGGGUCCUCUGAUCAGAUUGUUGCAGGCGGUGGGUCGGUCGGUCGGUUGGUCGAGAUUUUACAACUCGUCUUCCUGUAAUUUCUAACUCUUUUGCUUGUUGUGCAGGUCCACAAAUAAUGGAGUUUGAUGACAACUUGAAUAAGCUAGCCGGGCUAGGUGGGAAGACUUUGUCUGGGGUUGUGAAAGCAGUGUUCUCUUCGUUUUCUUUGCUCAUGAAAAUUUGAUGGUAGCCUUUGAAGACGUCCAUGAAACUUAGCAGCUCACACCCGGCCGUUUCAUCAACCAUCUAGUCAGGAUUUGGCAGGGGAUAUGGAUCCUUCGAACAAGCUUUGUUCAAAUCAGUGUAAUCUACGCACAUUCUCCAUGUAGGUGGUUUAGGUGCAAGGACUACGUUGGCCAACCACUUCGGGUAGAGAACCUCUCGGAUGUGCCCAACCGCCAAGAGGGUGGCGAUCUCCUUCUUCACGAACUCUCUUCUUUCACUGGACAGAUGCCUCUUCUUCUGCUUGACCGGUUUAAAACCCGAUUGGAUGGAUAAUUGAUGAUAUAUGACAGACAGGUCGACACCAGACAUGUCUUCCGGUCCCAAAGCAAAGAUAUUUUUGAACUUCUGUAAUACUUUGAUAAUGUUUUCUUGUAGACCGACCGGGAGGUUCCGACCGAUCUUGACCAUCCGUUCUGGCCGGCUAGGGUCGAGCAUAAUUUCUUCCACUUCUGAAGCUGGUUGCGGCUUCUCUUUGACUUCUCCUUGGUCGACUUGUUGAGAGAUGGUGUGAAUCCUUGCAUCCUCACGAUCGGACUGAUUCACUACUUGUACGUAGCACUGACGGGCCGCUCGCUGGUCUCCUCGAACCACUUCGAUCCCGUUGGGUGUGUGGAAUUUCAUGCACAAGUGAUUCAUUGAUAUGGCAGCGGCUGCUUGGGAGAUGCUAGGUCGACCAAGUAUUGCAUUGUGAAUACAUUCGGUUGGGUGCCUAACUCCACAUUCAGACUGAUCACUCCCUCUACCUCUAUGGAGUCGCCUGUGAAACCAGACAGCGGGGUCCGUAUGGGGUCAACUGGUCGAUUGACAGACCCAAUCGGGUGAAGACGUCGAAGUACAAAAUGUUUACUGAACUUCCUGUGUCAACUAGUAUUCUCUGGACGUCCGUACCAUUGAUGUCCAUUGUGAUGACGAGCGAGUCGUUGUGGGCUUCCCCGUGGAUGGGAAGGACUUCGUCACUGAAGAAUAUCAGCUCUACACGUUUCUUCUUCUCCCGAGGUUCCAAGUGGACCGACCCGACGUACAAAUUUCUCGCCCAUUGCUUUCUUUGUCGGGAAGAGUCCCCUCCUUCUAGUCCUCCAUAGAUAACAUGAAUAACUGGCUUCUUUCCGACCGCCUUGUCAUCACUUGACCUGUGCGGACCGGGUACUUUCGAUUGCUCCUAGGGGUUCCUUUUCCAGACGUUCUUUUUAAACUUUCCUUUGUCUCGUUCGUUUCUCUUUACGAACUGCUCCAAUUCUCCAUUUUGAAUGAGUUGCUCAAUAACCAGACGUAGGGCGAUGCACUCUGCCGUCUCAUGACCCUUUGUCUUGUGAAAAGCACAGUACUUGUUCUUAUAUGGUCCUUCGGGUACCGGGUCGGGUGGAUGGACCAGGUUGCAUUGCUCGGCAUAUUGCAAGACCUCCACUAGGGGUUUGGUCAACGGGGUGAAUCGCGGUCCAUCCUCUUGUCGGCCGCGUUGCUUAAAGCGUUGUCGAUCUCUCCUCGGGUCGUGACCUCUAUCUGGACCGACCGGCUGCUCUUCUCGUCUCUUCGCCAUGUUAGCCUCUGUAGCAUCCGCAUGGUGCCUGGCCCAAGUAAUCGCCUCUUUGUAAGUUUUGGGGGGAUGGACGACGAGGUCGUAGUAGACCGACCUAGAACGGAGCGACGUGAGGAGAGCGUGGAUUGCCGCCUGGUCUUCCAUUGGUUCUACCUGGUCGAUCUCAUGAUUCCAUUUGUGUAAGAAAGCGGACAGGGUCUCCCCUGGUUCUUGCUUGACUCCAUUCAGAUAGGUGUAGGGCUUCUUUUUCAAUCUGCUUACUGCGAACCGCCUCACGAACUUGUCAGCUAGCUGACUGAAGUUUCUAAUCGAUCAAGGUUCCAACUUUCUGAACCACUCGGCCGCUUUUCCUGCCAAAGUGGCGAAGAAAGCUCUGCAUAUGACUGCAUCAUUCACUCCUAACAUCAACAUGUUGCUAUAGUACAUGUCGAUGUGUUCUUGAGGGUCGGACUGACCGAUGUAGGUCCGCAUCAUCGGGAUCCUGAGAUCUUGGGGGUAAUGCGUGCUCAUGACAUUGUUAGUGAAGGGUGUGGCGAUCAGUGGACUGGGCGGUUCUUUAUAUGUGCCGUUCUUUUCACGAAGUUUAUGUUGUAAGUGGUCGAUUCUCUCUUGCAUCCUGGCCAACUGACGACGGGGACUAUCCUCCCUGCUUGGUCGUCGCUCUUUCCUAUCCGGUCGAUUACCUACCCGACCGGCCAGUCGGCCUGUCCUGUUUUCCCCUCUAGAUCGCGAUGCGUUCCCAAUGCUGCUUCUCUCUAUUUCUCCAGUCCUUCGUUGUCUUUGCCUCGGUCGGUCAUGGUCAUCUUGAGCCCCCAAUCGAGACCUAGCACUCUUCUGAAUGCGAUCGAUGGCACUACUACAUUGAGCAGCAUCAGGUUGACUAUGAUCUUAACAUUCUUCCCGGUUAGGUCUUCUCGAUCGAUCUGCUGAUUGAAUCUCUUCUGGGUCGCGAUCUCGAGAUUGCGGAUGUGAUUGCCCUUGAGAAGGUUGAGCUACCGGUUGCUGUUGUUCUACAACAGGAAUUUGAGGGGUCACUAUCACUUGAGGAGUUGACGUCAUGACAUAGUACUCGGGAGUCCCAGGCCACGGUUGAUACAGUUGAGCAAAUCAUUGCGGUGGUGUUCCUUGAAUGGGGUUCCCUCCAAGCGCUCCUAGUGUUGGGGGUGGCAUCUGACCCGUUGCGGGUAGCAUAGCGUACGCCAUCGGCACAUGAAGACUUGGGUUGGUUGCGCCAUUCAUUGGUAGUGAAAUGGCGGGGUGGAAAUUUGUGUGUCCAGCUUGCUGGUCGGGAUUUUGACCGACUGGUUGGGUGGUUUGCGUAUCAUGUCUUGCAUGGUUGGAGGUGAGCUCGUUCAUCAAGCCCCUCAACUGGUCCAACUGUCAGCGUAGAUCAUCCUCGGGGAACGUUUCGGCCACAUUGUCGGGGUGAUGUCCAACCUGACGGGUUGAGCCUUCACUCUGCACGUAGCCCUGACUCCGACUCCUCCGGCUGGUUGCCAUCUUAAACAAGCAAGGUGAAAAAGUUAACGGGACAGAUAGAGUGUCUCGCUCAGGUCCCCAUAGACGGCGCCAAUGAUAGCGUAAAUGGAACCGGGAGUAAUGAUUACACUACGAAUACGUAUGUUUGUUAAUAAGUUGGGAGGGCGCUCGUAGGUCAGCCGGUCGGCCUAUCGUAGGGCGACCAGGCGGUCCGAGGCUAAGUGAUAUUCCGAGUGGUAAGUAGUUACAAGCGGGUCGCUUAGAAUAACGCAAGCUACUAUUGUAGGGUGGUCAGGUUGCGAUUACAGAGUGGGAAUUGCAAGUGAACGGUUACACGGUGUGUAGACCGUGAUAUAGAUUGAUGUUGUACGGUGAGAUCACAAGUGGUGAGUAGUAGUAGUUACAAUCAGAUUGAGAUGAGAAGUGAGGAGGAGACCCCUCCUAUUUAUACUAAUAAAGUCAGUUUACGCAUUUAAUGCACCGGCUGCAAGUGGCUUGACCUGGCGUCUUCUUGUUGGCUCGGUCAAGCGGUCACUUUGCAGGCUAUGCGUAGGUUGACUGGUCGAGGUUGCAGAGCCGUAAGUUGUCAA